CUGCCUUCCAUUUGUUCGACAAAAUGCCCGAGAUAGCUGUCCGUAGAAAAUCUAUAACUAGUGGACCAUCAGGUGUUGAGUCAUGAAUGAGCGUAAUUUUCUUUCUAUUGACAAAAUCAUCUUAUUGCAAGGCAGUCUCUGCCAAAAUGGCGGACAUCAGGCUUAUCAGAAAAGAGAUAUGUUAGAGAAAUAAGGCAAGUGUCCAAAAGUAUAGAUUGCAGUUAUGGGUACCAAGUUAAUGAUGAAAUGGCCGAAGCAAAUAACAGCAUCCUUUGUUGAGCAGCUGAUUCGAGCAGAAAAGGAUUUACAGAAAGCAAUAAUGAUAUUUGAUGCAGCAACAGCUGAGUACAGUCAUGGAUUUAAGCAUGACAAUAGUACUUUUGGCAUCAUGAUUUCUAGAUUACUCUCUGCUAACCACUUCAAGUCAGCAGAAGAAAUGCUUGGUAGAAUGAAGAAUGAAAAGUGCAAGAUUAGUGAAGAUCUCUUCCUCAGCCUAUUUCGAGCUUAUGGUCGGGUGCACAAGCCUCUUGAGGUCAUCAGGGUUUUUGAAACGAUGAAGGAGUAUGAUUGUGAGCCAACUGAAAAUUCUUAUUUUACAGUGUUCUCCAUUCUUGUUGAUGAGAACCAGUUAAAGACAGCUUUAAGAUUUUAUAAGUAUAUGAGGAAAAUGAGUAUUCCUCCUACUGUUGCUUCACUAAAUAUCCUGAUUAAAGCCCUUUGCAAGAACAUUGGAACAAUUGACUCUGCACUUAACAUUUUCCUUGAGAUGCCCAAGCGUGGAUUCACUCCAGAUUCAUACACAUAUGGUACUCUGAUCAAUGGGUUUUGUCAGCUGGGGAAGAUCAGUGAAGCAAAAGAACUUUUUGAUGAGAUGAAUGCAAGUGGCUGUUCACCGAAUGUUGUCACUUAUAGUUGUUUAAUUCGAGGCCUAUGCCAGUCAAAGAAGAUGGAUGAAGCCAUGUCAUUGCUUGUGGAGAUGAAGAGUAAAGGAAUUGAGCCUAAUUUGUUCACUUACGGUGCUCUCAUGGAUGGUCAUUGUAAAUCUGGACAGUCUUCAGAUGCCAUGAAGCUCCUUGAGAUGAUGAUUAGCAAACGCCAGGCACCUAACAUGGUAAUUUACAGUACCUUAAUACAUGGUCUCUGUAAGGAAGGUAAACUUGGUGAAGCUUUGGAGAUUUUUGAUCGGAUGAAACUUCAGGGGUUGAAACCUGAUGCGGGUUUGUAUUGGAAAAUUAUUAAUGGUUUUUGUGAUAUCAGCAAGUUCCUGGACGCAGCAAACUUUCUUGAUGAAAUGGUUCUUGGUGGAAUCUCUCCUAAUAGAGUAACUUGGAGCCUUCAUACCAAAAUUCAUAACACAGUUGUCCUGGGCCUUUGCAAGAUUGAUUUAAAUCGAGCUUUUCACAUGUAUCUAAGCAUGCGCUCUAGAGGAAUUUCGGUUGAGGCAAAAACCUUUGGGUCUCUUGUUGAUUCUUUUUGCACGAAAAAGGACCUAAAGAAAGCUUCUCGAGUUCUUGAUGAGAUGGUGGUUGAUGGAUGCAUACCUGAGGAAGCAACUUGGAGUGCUAUAUUAACUGGGUUUUGGGACAAAAAAAAGGUUCAUGAAGCUGCUAAGUUGGUACAGACACAGAUACUGGGAAACUUAUAGCGGCAGGCAUGUGAUAUCUAGUUCUUUUCAUGCCAGUGAGAAGAAGAAAAUGUGCAUGCUUGGAAUUUGAUACUUUGGAAUUUGAGAAAGCUACAUCCUUCGAACUGGGCUAUGAGUGG